CUUCAUCUAAGGGAUUUUUUUUAAACGGGAAUAUCAAGGUUGUUCAGGUUUGGAGAAGGAAAAGCAGGAUUUGGGGGUUGGGAAGUGGCAGGUGUCCGAUGGUGCCGGCAGUAGGAUAGAGCAGACGCGCCCCCCUCCCCCGCUGUCCCUUCCCAUUCUUUCAUGUCUCCUCCCUGCGAGUCCUGGGCAACUUGUGUCCCUGUCGCACCUUCCUGCCCUGCCUCCCUGCCCUCAAGAUCUUUGCUCCCCCAUGCUUUGGACAACAAUCCCUCACCAGCCGCCCAAUGACUGCCUGGAUUGUCCUCCCUGUCAGUCUCUCAGCCUUCUCCAUCACGGGAAUAUGGAUCGUCUACGCAAUGGCAGUUAUGAAUCAUCAUGUCUGCCCUGUAGAGAACUGGACUUACAAUGUGACCUGCACAGAGGAGACAGCCAAGCAGGGCUUCCCCAAAACCUGCUGUACUCUGGAGGAUGUCCCUCUCAUCAGUAAGUGUGGUUCAUUCCCCCCUGAGAGCUGCCUCUUCAGCCUCAUAGGCAAUGUGGGAGCAUUCAUGGUGGUCAUGGUGUGCCUGCUCCGCUAUGCCCAGGUGAUCGAACACAGUCAUCGCUGCUGGGUCAACACUAGUGCCCUCGUGUCCGGGUGCACCAACGCUCUUGGCCUGGUCAUGGUGGGAAACUUUCAGGUGGACCAUGCAAGGUCUCUGCACUAUGUGGGUGCAGGUGUGGCCUUCCCUGCUGGCUUGCUCUUUGUGUGCCUGCAGUGCGUGUUGACGUAUCGCGUGGCAGUCACCGCACUUGACUACUGGAUGGCUCAUGUGCGGGUGGCCCUUGCUGCUGGUGCCCUGGUGUCUCUUGUACUUAGUGGCAUCUUCUUCAUACAUGAGAGUUUUGUUCUGCAGCACGCAGCCGCCAUCUGUGAGUGGGUCUUCACGGUGGACAUUCUGGUCUUCUAUGGCACAUUCACCUACGAGUUUGGUGCUGUCAACAAUGAUACGAUGGUGGCUGCGCUGCAGAGCUCUCGCCAUCGAAGCUCUGGUGUCAUCAUUGGGGCUGGCAGCAGGGGUGGGGCGCUGAGCGGCAGCUCCCUGGGUGGAGCCAAGGCCCUCAAGUCCCCUGGCGGCAGCAGUACAUCCACCCACCUCAACUGCAACCCAGAGAGCAUUGCCAUGCUGUAGGACUGUCCCCUGGUUACCACAUGGGCUGAGGCCCUGUUAGGUGGAUGGGGCAGCAGGCAACCCCCUGGGUGGCACAGUAUGGUGUGUUCUUAUGGUAGGCACAGGUUACAAAUGACACUGGAUAGUAGCUGCAGUCCCGUUUUGUGCAUCUUAUAUUUUUUUCAUGUUUUGCAUACACAGAGCAGUAUAGUUUGCUUCUCAAGCAAGCAGAAGUUAGGGUUACAUAAGGAGUAUUUAUGAUUAUAGUCACUGGCCUUCUGGAGGGAAAUGGAAACUGCUUCAUUUCAUAGUUACAUGUAAUCAUUUAGAGUUAGAUGUUGAAACAGUCCGGUUUAAGAAUUUGUUUUAAAGUUUCUUCUUUUUUCUUCAAAUUUACGUGUUUUAAAAUCACUAUCACUCCAAUAAGCAGUUCAUGAAAUGCAGACUUUUAUACUGUUUGGAAAUAUUUCCUGCUAAACUGCAGUUGCAGAAAGGAAAAGUGUUUUUUAAAUCCCUAGCAUAAUUAAUAUGGGGCGAUCUGAAGUGUUUCAGUGUUUCUCCACAUUUCCAGAAGCAGAGCUCCUGUAAGUAAUCCAUGUAGCUGAAUGUAUUGUAAUGCCAUUAUUGAUGGGCAAUUCCUGUUUGAGUCAUGCAGGACAGCCAUUGUGUUGAGAAAAACUUUCUGUGCUCAACCAUUUAGAUAGGAUACAUGUUGAGUGUUUUGGUCUCUUAUCAGCCAGAACAUUUGGAUGUUACAGCUAAAAAUGUCAGAAUGCCACAUGGGGAUCAUUGUGGGUCACAUCUUCUGCUGGAACACUUUUUUUUUUUUUUUUUUUUUUCUUCUUUUUCUCC